AUGAAUAAUCGCUAUUCAGGCGGCUCUGUGGCCAAUGUCUUCCUCAAGGAGCCAGGUUGGAAAGUUCGCGCCCUAACCCGAAACCCCACCAGUAUCAAGUCCCAGGCUCUUGCAGCCCAAGGCGCUAAUGUGGUUCAAGUCGACAUCAAUGUACCCGUCACGCUAUUAGCAGCGUUUGAGGGUGCAAACGCCAUCUUUGCUGUGAGUGACUUCUGGGGCUUAUACAGUGAUCCUACCAAUAAAGACAAGGCGAGCCUGGGCCAGACUCUAAAUGUGUGGGCGGGUGAACAUGAAACACAACAGUUAAAGAAUAUUAUCGAGGCUGCCGCCAAAGUCCUAACACUGGAGCGAUUCAUACUCUCCUCCCUGUCAAACGCCGCGAAAUGGUCGAAAGGGAAAUACACUUACGUGUACCACUUUGACUCGAAAGCGAAGGCGGCAGAGUACUGCGAAGAAACAUACCCAGAACUCUGGGCAAAGACUAGCAUCUAUCAGCCUGGAUUCUUCUUGGGUUAUUAUACUUUGAACGGGUUGAGUCAACUUACCAAGAGCGCUGGAGUAGUCCAAUCUAUUGGUCAUGUGGACCCAGACGUCAAACUCCCAUUUAUUGCUGCCGAGGAGGAUUCUGGGCCCUUUGUUAGAGCUCUCAUACAAGACACUGCUGGAAAGAACCUCAUUGGAUAUCGAGGAUGGCUCACUACCCGAGAGCUGGCAGAGAAAUUCUCACAGGCUACAGCGCUGAAGACAGAGGUAAUCACUCUGCUGAAAGGGCAUUUUCCCCCAUCUGUUCCGACCGAAUUAAAGGCAGAGCUUGAAGACAACCUGGCGUACUGGAGCGAGUUCGGGUAUGAGGGCAGAGAUGACCCUACAGUUAUUCAUCCUCGAGAUGUAAGUUGACCUCCGGCGAGUAGCUGCUUACAUACGGGUUUAGUUGAAGUCACCCCCAUCUCUCGAUACAGUGGAGGAUUACUUCAAGAAGUACGACUGGAUGCAGGUGUUUGGUUCUUAAGAAGGGAUUUCUCUAAAAGGUUUCAAGGGAAGUAAACCUUAAGAGGACUAGUGACUUGCCAGGAGCCUCCUGGCCCAUAUUGCACUAGUAGUUCCUAGUCGAACGACCAACGUGUCUCCUCUAGCAAGGGAAUCGGGUGCAUAGAUUGUUGCAGUGGUUUUAAUUCAAAUUGAAUAACUCGG